AUGGCUGCAAAUCCUGAUUUUGAAGAGAAGAAGGCUGACCAUCUUUAUCGUGCCACAUGUCCAUUUAAGAAGCUUACAAAUUUCUUCUCAAAUGAGACAAUAAUGAAUGUAGGCCUGAUUACCAUAAAGCUUCGGAUUACUGGGAUUACUAUGAUUGAUCUUCCACAACUAACUCCAAGAAGACGAAGCAAGAGGGGACAAAGAGGUGGUUGCAUAGACCGCAUCCCGUAG